CUCUUUCUUUAUGUUUGAAUCACUUAUAAAUACCCUUUCUGACUGACUCUGAGGACAUAAGACAAAACUUCAUCUCCUUGUGGCUUCGCUCUUCUGCAGCAGUCCGUGACAGCCUUGGGAAAGGAACUAUGAAGCUCUGUGUCUGCUUCGUGUUGCUCUCCAUCAUUGCAUGUGCAAGUGCUGAAAACCCGUUAUACAGGGGUGGAAAAUUUGCCUGGGAUGCCAUAGGAGGGGCAUGGGAUAUGUACAGAGCAUACCAAGACAUGCGUGAGGCAAAUUAUAAAGGUGCUGACAAAUACUUCCAUGCUCGUGGGAAUUACGAUGCUGCCCAAAGAGGCCCUGGCGGUGCUUGGGCUGCCACAGUGAUCAGCAACGCCCGGGAGAAGUGGCAGAGCCAGGUGAGCGGCCGCGGCGCCGAAGACACGCGUGCUGACCAAGAGGCCAACGCCUGGGGCAGGAGUGGCAGGGACCCCAACCACUACCGGCCGGCCGGCCUCCCCUCCAAAUACUAACGGGGUCCCUCUCUCCCUUUACCCCGUGCUCCGCAUAGCCUGAAUAAAGACAUGUCCCCGCUUUA